CUGAAAAGGGAAAGAGAGAUCAAUGAGGAGGACAGGCAGAAAACUACGUGUUAACAAAGGGACAGAACUUUGAAGUGGAGAGCAGAGGGUUGUCAUCAUUUACAAUGUCUGCCUGCCAUGUGUAUUUGGUAUUUCUGAUCUGGUGCCAGGUUUUAAAUCUUUCAGCAGCAGAGAAUGAAGAAUCUGCUGUUGACAAUGAGAAUCGUGGAGAUGGAACUGUGUUCACUGUCCCCAGUAACAGACCCACCAGUCAUUCACCAGGAGCUGGCUGGGAGACCAAGAUUAAAGGAGCUACUUCACGUGGACAAGGAACUGCCUCAGGUUUUCGAUUUCAUCAGGAAAAGUUACUUGAAGAACUGAAGGAUUAUAAGUUUGUAUUCCCCCAGCUGCUUUCAGGAAGAGGGAAGCGGAGUAUAUCCAUACUGCCUCAGGUGUGGUAUUCAAAUCACAUCAGGAUCUCUGUGACUCUGGAGGGAAAGGAUUUAAUACUGGACCUUGAGCAGAAUAGACUCCUCUUUCCUGCACACUUCCAGGUAUCGCACUAUGAUUCCAAUGGGACUUUGGUAACAGAGACAGACACUGAAAUGUAUCGCUGUUACUAUGCGGGAUCUGUGAGAAAAUUCCCUGGAACACAAGUCUCUGCAAGUACCUGCUCAGGACUCAGUGCUGUGAUUGUGUUCAGUAAUCGAACAUAUGUCAUUGAACCUGUUGUUGGAGAUGCAGAUGGUCGUCAUUUGUUAUACAGAGCUGAAGAUGUCCUGCCAGUACCGAGUCGCUGUGGAGUUGGAACUCCAUCUCCUGGAUUACCCCUGACUGAUCACCUCCAGCGCUCUCAGAGGGUCAAAAGGAAUGUGCUACAAGAGAUGAGAUACCUGGAGUUGGUGCUUGUAGCUGAUCGUGAAAUGUACAUAUACCUGGGGAGUAGUAAGGACGCUGUCGUGCAGAGAAUGAUUAAUGUUGUCAAUGCCGUCAAUAUGUAUUACAGACCGUUUAAAGUUUGGAUUGCUCUUAUUGGUGUGGAGGUAUGGACCACCAACCAGAUCCCCAUUGACAGUAAUCCUUCCAGAACCAUGAACCAUUUUCUCCACUGGAGAGAGACGUCCCUUCUCCCUCGACUGCGCAAUGACAACGCCCAUCUUGUCACUAGAUCCACCUUUGCAGAUGGCAUUGCUGGCUUGGCAUUGGCUAACGGUAUUUGCACUGUAGACAACUCUGGAGGAAUAAACCUGGACAGAGGGUCAAGUUUCCUGCACCUCUCUGUGACACUUGCCCAUGAGAUUGGGCACAAUCUCGGACUGUCACAUGACACAGAAGACCGCCAGUGUAACUGCCCAGAUCUGGAUGGUGGCUGUAUAAUGGAAGAGGCUAUCGGGUGGAAGUUGCCAAGGAUGUUUAGUAGCUGUAGCCGUGCGGAUUUGGAGCAAGUGUUUGACCAGGGAGUCGGGACAUGUCUGUUUAACCUCCCGGAUCCAGACCAGCUGCUGUCCCCUCCCCAGUGUGGGAACCUCUACCUGGACAGGGGCGAGGACUGUGACUGCGGCCCCCCUGCGGAGUGUACCGACCCCUGCUGUGAGCCCUCAACGUGUAAACUUAAACCUGGGGCACAGUGCCCAUCCACGGAUACCUGCUGCAAAGACUGUCAAUUCCUUCCAGCAGGGACAAUGUGCCGAGGGCUGAUGGGAGAAUGUGACCUGCCGGAGUUCUGUUCAGGAAAUUCCUCUGAUUGCCCCGAAAAUGUGUUUCUGCAACAUGGGCACAACUGCAGCAAUGGGACUUUAUACUGCAGCGAUGGUAUCUGCCAGUCUGCAGAUAAACAGUGCCAGGAGAUCUGGGGUCCUGGUGCAAGAUCUGCUGAAGAUGUAUGUUACGUAUAUACAAAUAAAGCAGGAAGCCCCUUUGGAAACUGCGGAAAGAAUGACAAUAAUGAUUACAUCAAAUGCCAAAGCAA